AUAAGAAUAGGAAUAGGAAUAGGAAUAGGAAUAGGAAUAGAAUAUUCCUCAGGGCCUCUGGUGGCUAAGUCUGUCUAUUAUUAACAGCAGCUGCUUGCAAUUACUGCAGGUUCAAGUCCCACCAGGCCCAAGGUUGACUCAGCCUUCCAUCCUUUAUAAGGUAGGUAAAAUGAGGACCCAGAUUGUUGGGGGCAAUAAGUUGACUUUGUAUAUAAUAUACAAAUGGAUGAAGACUAUUGGUUAACACAGUGUAAGCCGCCCUGAGUCUUCGGAGAAGGGCGGGAUAUAAAUUCAAUUUAAAAAAAAAAAUAGAAUAGAGGAAUAGGAAUAGGAAUAGGAAUAGAAUAGAAUAGAAUAGAAUAGAGGAAUAGGAACAGGAAUAGGUAUAGGAAUAGGAAUAGAAUAGAAUUUUUAUGGGCCAAGUGUGAUUGGACACACAAGGAAUUUGUCUUGGUGCAUAAACUCUCAGUGUACAUAAAAGAAAAGAUACCUUCAUCGAGGUACAACAAGGUGGGUUGCCCAGCCGCCCAAACUAAAUUGCGGCAUUUUUGCCCAUCUAUCGAGUCCUUCCCAAAGGCAGGUGGGACAGGCAGGUGUGGGUUUGUUGGGGUUAAGUGCCUGCAGGGUGUGAGCUGUCCCGGAUAAAGCUGCCUAUUGCAAUGGGCAUAUGUAUUAAACGCGUACAGGGACUUUAUUCUUUCCCUCGGCUUCCCCUUUCAGUGGCUGUCCCCUCUGCUUUCAGGUAAGCCAUUUUCAUGCCAGCGUCUUACCUGAACGGCUUCCCUCCAGGAACACCUGUCUGAAGACUCCAGAGAGGCUUUCUCUUAUGGUUCGAAUGACAUCUGGGGAGGAGGGCGGGGGGACAUCAUGGUGAGUUUGUUGGUUAACCGAAACUGCAUGGAGAGCUUGCGGAAGGAUAUCACGGAUCUCCAGGGGACGGUCGUCAGUGUUUUCUCCCACGCUGGAGCGGUGCGUUUCCCUUCCUGGAAAUUCCCGGAUAAAGUGUCCUGUGACUUGGAUUUGGUGGCUUUGAUGGGACAAUACGACUUCGUGGAGAAUGACCCCGAAUUCACGCAGCAUUCUCACGUGGUUCUUCUGGAAAUAGUGAUCGACAGGCUUCUGUUGCUGCUCCAGAGUUUCACGGGAUACACCGAGAGCCUCAUCAGCGAAGAUGCGGUGCCCACUUCCCGGGCGUUAGGACCCUCCAUGUCUAUAGGGCUGACUGUAAGGAAGUACUGGAACAGCAUGCUGAAGAUGGGUGCCCUUUAUCAACAGCUGGUGGCCGAGAAAAAAUAUACCAAAGAUGCUUCUAAUCUAAAAAAUCCCUCCCGGGCCACGAAAGCUGAGAACGAACGUUUGAAAAGCGGGUCUCCUGAGUCGGAUGUGACUUUGCCCAUGUUUCCGUCUCCGUUAACGUCUUCCGCCGGCAGCAGGCUGCUGGACAAUGCCCUCAGUUCCCGCUCGGAUCCUUCGGUUAAUCUGCCCGGCCGGAGUGUCCACUCCCAGACAAUUGAGAGCGCUCUGGUGCCCUGCGAUGCGUGCGAAAGCACCCAGGCCAGCCUGCAGGAAGUGGGCAAGGCCAUCAUGGACCUCUGCGGCACCCUGAACAUCUCGUCUUCCCUGGGCAAGUUCCUCAAGAUGGUGGAGGAAAGGCUCGGAGGGAAGCUGCUCACAGUCAUGGAUGUCAGCUACUGGGCCACCGAACAGAGCAAGGACCUUUCCCGCAUCAACAAACAUAUCCAGAUGCUGAUGGGCCUCAUCAACCCUUUGAAGGGGGAACUGGAAGAGUUUGAGAAGCAGAAGAACCAGCUGAAGCAGCAGCUGGAGAACCUGGACGGUUGUCUGCAGAAGGAGAAAGAAGCCAAGAGGCAACAGAGGGAAGAGGCCGAGAAGCUCUUACAAAAAAAGGAGAAGGAAAGCCAGCAAUUGAUGGCCAAGCUGCAGAAGGCUAAGGAGGACCUCGGAAACCGAGCUGUUUCUCUGGAGACGAGUCUUUCCACCUUGAAAGAAAAGCUGCAGGUGCAGGAAAGCACAAUCCAGGAACUGGAACAGGCCCGAAAGGAUCUGCAAGAGGAGAUGGAGUCCAAGAUGGUGGACAAGGGCGAAAUAGACAAGCGGGAAGAGCAGCUGAAGGCCCUGGGCAGCCAGCUGGAGAGGGUGGAGGAGCAGCUAAACUGGACCACCCUGGAGCUCAACAAAGAGAGGGCCAGAGGGGAGAGCAUGCUCCUGCACCAGGAGUCCCUCCAGGUCAAGCAACAGAAUCUAAUGCAGCAGCUGGACAGCCUGGAUCAAGAGUACGAGCAGCUGAAGACCAGCAUGGCUGACAGUGAAGACGACCGACAGAUGAUGAGAGAGAGGCUAAAGGAGAUCCAGGAAGAAAAGUGGGAGAUGCAAAGCCGGCUGGAGGCCCAGAAGAAGCUCACCGAGAAACUGAGGCAGGAGAAGCAGAGCUUGGAGCAAUCUGCCUCCGAACUACAGAGGACCAUCUCCGAGCUGGGGGAGCUGAUCCACCAGAUGAAGGAGAAGGAGAAACUUUUGGUCUUCUUCCCAGAUCUUCACAUCCCUGUCGAGACCAAGUUUGAAAUGUCCGGGAAUGUCAUGGAAGACAUGGGCAAGCAGCUACAGGCCAACAACAUCCGCAUCAGCGUCCUGGAGGAGGAGAACUCCCGUCUCCGAAACGCGAUAGGCAAAAUAAAAGAGCCGCCCCAACAGGAGACGCAGAAGUUUGCUCUUCCAACCCAGCUGUGGAUGCGGUCUGCCGAAAAACCUGGGCCUCAAGACAGCGCGGGGCCGCCUCCUGUGGGGUACCCCGCAGCGUCCGGCUUUCAGGGACAGGUUUCCAGGCCUCCGACGAACAGCAGCAGCGCCACGGGAAGCGCCUCGCGACACAGACCUCCGAACAGCCCUGCAGCCUUCAAUCCGGGCCCCCAAUGGACUUCCGGCAACCAGCCGCCCAGGACCCCUUUGGGCCCUGCUCCGUUCAAUCUUUUCUACAAGGAGGCAGUGAGCAGCCCUUACGCCCAGGCCAAAGGGAGAGGCCGUCUGCCCCCGCCAGGUUACUGUAACCGCAACCACCAGAAAUAAAGAGAAGUGCGCUCAAGGACUACAGGAGCGUCACUGGGGGGGGGGGAGGUGUCUUGAGAGAUGCAGGGCGUUGGUAGUGUUGUGACCCAGGCCCAAGUAGGUAGGAGCAAACUCAAGUCAGUUUAAAAACAAACAAGCUUUAUUAGAACAGCUGAGAAUUAACUCAUUCUCAGCGUCGUCCAAACUAAAUCAAAGCAAAUUCUUCCCAACGCAAUUCCUCAGUCUUAUCACCAACCUUGGUCCAAUUAGGCAAACUGCCAAAGGCCUUUCUUGGCAAAAGUUCAGAAGACGCCGAUACGAAACUAAUGCAGCAAGACAAAGCUAUCAGUGUUGUUUUCCGGCAAAGAGCCCAAAUGCCAUUGCUGGUCUUUUAAGCCUUAUGGGAGGGGCCAAUCAUCUCUUGGCCUGACUCCAAAGUCGUCUUUUGCUUUAGCUGCUCUUGCCUUCUGAUACGUGCAUUGGGAACAGGCUCCUCCUGUUCCUCUGCCUCACUACUGUCAGCCUCUGGAGUUCGCACCUCACUCCCCGAUGGCCCUGGCCCCACCUCAGCCUCCAACGCAGAGCCCUCAUUCGGGCCUUCCCCAGCCUCCAGGCCUGGCCCACGCUCUUCCUCAGCCUCAUCACUGACUCCAUUGCCAGCUCCACAGGCUGCUGGUGGACCACAACAGGUUGAGAGGGGGCUGUUCAAUUUGGACAUCGAUGGCCACUUUGACCCCGAGAACACAGACAAAACUCCAAGUGGCCUCAACAACACUAAAAGGAUGCAAAUGACCAGCUGUCUGCAAAGAACAUAAUUCUCUCUCUUUCUCCCUUCGUUGCUUUGCCAAUCCUCUUCGUUGCACUCUUUUUAGAGCAGGGGGC